AUGGGCCGUUUCCUGCCUAAAUGUUUUCGAGAACUGGUUGCAUCAAUACGUUUUAAUAUUUUAAAUGAUUUUUUAACCAAACAAUCUCAAUCAUCAUUACUUAAUAAUCUUCAUGAACUUAAUCUUAAACUUGAAAAUGAAACAUUCGAAUUAAAUCUUUCUGAAACAUUUCAUCAUUUACGUAAAUUAAAUUUUUAUGAAAAUAAAUACUCAAAAAUGAAUGAACGUAUAUCAUCACUUCAAACAAAUCUUCAAACAUCAGCUGAAUAUGAAUCAAUGCUUGAAGUUUUAAAAAAAUUACAAUAUAUAUCAGAUAGAAAUAUUUUAAAACUAAAAGGUCAAGUUGCAGCUAUAUUUGGUAGUGGAAAAGAACUUCUAUUAACCGAACUUAUCUAUCAAAAUUUAAUUGAUAAUUUAACUGCAAGUGAAAUAGCUGCACUUAUAUCAGCAAUUGUAUUUCAAGGCAAACGUUUUGAUAAUGACAUUAAUGACAAUAAAAAAAUUGAAAUUACACCAGCAUUAAAUCAAGCUAAACAACAAUUGAUUAAUAUUGCAAUUGGACUUGAUCAAAUUCAACGUGAUUAUAAAAUAGCAACAAAUAUUGAAGAUGAAUUAAAUUUUAGUAUUAUGUCAUUAAUAUAUAAAUGGGCACAAGGAGCAAAAUUUUAUGAUAUUAUGUAUGAUCCAGAUAUGGAAGUUUUAGAUAUUCAAGAAGGAACAAUUGUUCGAACAAUAAUGCGUAUUGAAGAAUUAUGUUCGAAUAUACGAAAUGCUGGUAAAACAGUUGGAAAUACUGAAUUAGUUGAUAAAUUAAAUGAUGUUACAACAUUAAUUAAACGUGGAAUUGUUUUUGCACCAAGUCUUUAUUUUUCAGAAACAAUAACAACACUUUAA